ACAGUCGAGCGCUAUAGGUUGCACAAACCGUCUAUCAUCCAUAUCUAGCGAAUCCCAAACCUAGGGAUUCACCUCAGGAAUUCGCGGGUCCCCACACCGACCAAACAAACAACUCGCGUCGUCACACCCUUGGGUUCAUCUAUAUUUCUUAAAGACCCUGUCAUGCCUCACUCUGUCAACAAUUCCACUUCGACUGGGCCUAAGAUGUCGCGGCCUUCAUCCACCUCCACCUACUCGGCGUCGAAUGCGAAUGCUUUCCCCAAGCAGGCUGGUGCCACCACCCUUCUUGCGCCCGAGUCCAACGACGCUCCAGCACUCACAUCGCCAUCGCAGCUUUCCUUCACAUCGUCACCACGAUCAGUCCUCGACGCACCUGCAUUCGACGAUUCAAGACUAAGGCCUGCUGCAUCAGCCGGCGCUAACAUCGCGCGUCCUUACUCUCGGCAGCGAGCUCAGUACUACGAGGAGCAGUUCUCGUACAAGGAAGGGACCAGCUCGAACGCUCGCGACCGUGUUACCAAAGAUGCACCGAUUGUUGCAGAGCUGAGGACGAAUGUCAUCAUCAAGGACGAAUAUACCCUUGUCACCGACCUCUCGCACCAUCUCUCGACCCGUUAUCAGAAGCCGGAGACAUCGAUCAUGAUAACAGUCAACCACUCAGCGUGUCUGCUGCUUGGUGGCUCUUUCGAGCCUACUUACAUUCUCACCAUCAAUGCGCUCCCCGUGCAGCUGCAGCCAACACUCAACAAGCGCAACGCUGCCUUGAUCCAGAACUUCAUGACGGAAUCGAUCGGUGUUCCAAUCGAUCGUGGCAUCGUCAAGUUCGCUGCCAUUCAGGAGGAUGCUUUCGCCAUGAACGGCAUGACUAUCCUGGGCGAGAUUGAGAACCUCGAGCGCACUCAAGCUGAGGAGACAGGCGUGAAGCGGGCUGUGACCAAGAGCUCCCGCCGGUCUGGCGUCUCCAAGGCAAAGAGUAGCAUCACGCUUUCUCGCAAGACUUCCAAGGCUAACACCAAGGGAAGAACAGUCACCCCUCCGCUUCCUAGCCCUGGUCCACUCGAUUCCGGAAUAGCUGUAAACGAAAAGGGCCUCCCCGAGACUCCCGUUGCACAGCCUGCAAGCAAAGGCAUCAACCACAAGCAGUCUGAGCCGAUCAUGUCCAAGUUCGGCAAGAAACCCAGCACCAACCUUAUCCCACCACCUAUUCCUGAGAGCAAGACAGCGAAGCACUCUGUGCCAAAGCGUAAGAGUCUGCUGAACAUCUUCCGCCGAUAGGUGGCUCAC